GUUCAUGCUGACAUCAUUGUUCCAAGAGGUGGAGAAAAUGAAGUUGCUAUUAACCUUAUUGCUCAGAACGUUAUGACACAGCUUCAACAGAGAGGCUUCAAACUUCGUGAAAAGUUGGCUAAUGCAAAUUUUGGCAUGUCAAGACCAAACUCCCUCCACCUGUUGCCUUCUACGCCUCAAAUUCGGGGACUCCACACAUUUAUUCGUAACAAGGACACACCACGUGAUGAGUUUAUAUUUUAUUCCAAAAGAUUAAUACGUCUCGUCAUUGAACAUGCACUGACUUUGUUACCAUUCACGCAGGACGUGACGGUUGAAACGCCACAAGGCAUCCCAUAUGAGGGUAAACGCAUUGCAACAGAGAAGAUCUGUGGUGUGUCCAUCCUACGAGCAGGAGAAACUAUGGAGAAUGCUCUCUGUGAAGUUCUAAAAGAUGUCCGAAUUGGCAAGAUCCUUAUUCAGACUAACCUGGACACUGGAGAACCUGAGCUGUACUACCUAAGGCUGCCCAAGGAUAUCAAGGACUACCAUAUCUUCCUGAUGGAUGCUACAGUAGCUACAGGAGCAGCAGCCAUCAUGGCCAUCCGUGUCUUGCUGGACCAUGAAGUGACAGAAGAACACAUAUCUCUCUGCUCUCUUCUCAUGACUGAACAGGGUGUCCACAACAUAGCCUAUGCCUUCCCUAAGAUUUGUAGUGGAUUCCUCCCCUACAAGCGCCGUUUGUCCCUGAGUAGCCGGCCCUUUUCGAAUUCCCCAACCGACACCUCCAGCGCCGCCUGACGGAGUGGGGGCCAACUAUCAACCCACGCUUACCCCCGCCUUAUAAGACCUCACCCCGCUGUGACCACCCUCUUUCUACCUACUGCCACCAGCAAGCAACACCUCCUCCUCCGCUCCAGCCUGGCGGCUCCCGCUCCCGCCGGCGACCUUGGCGUCCCUCCAGCCGCGUGCCCUCCUCCGGCACCCUCACCAACCAGCUCUCUCUACUCAACGCUUGUAACCAUGCUGCCUACCCAGCAAUAAGCUGCAUUGUACAUCCAAUACAAUAUGUAUACA